CUCUCAUAGCUCAUUUCCUCAAUCACCAAACCAUUACCCAAAUAACCAAACCAAACUACACCAGACACUUCUCCUAACCUUCCAAUUCACCUCUACUUGUUCCUACUCUCUCUGCAUUCUAUAUAGAUAGAUACAUGCAUAUACAGGUUGCUGUGUCAAAGGACAAAAGUUAAAGUGCUUCUUAAAUCCUACUAACAUGGCUGGGAAUGGAGUUUUUGCAGAGAUUUUGGAUGGAGAAGUGUUCAAGUACUAUGCAGAUGGAGAGUGGAAGAAAUCUUCUUCUGGCAAGAGUGUUGCUAUCAUCAACCCCACUACCAGAAAGACUCAAUACAAAGUUCAAGCUUGUUCACAAGAAGAGGUUAAUAAGGUGAUGGAUUCUGCAAAAUCUGCACAAAAGUUAUGGGCGAAAACGCCGUUAUGGAAGCGUGCCGAGCUUCUCCACAAGGCAGCAGCAAUCCUCAAGGAACACAAAGCUCCAAUUGCAGAGAGCCUAGUGAAAGAGAUAGCAAAGCCAGCCAAAGAUGCUGUCACUGAGGUUGUAAGAUCUGGUGAUCUUGUUUCUUACUGUGCUGAAGAAGGGGUUAGAAUUCUAGGAGAAGGAAAAUUUUUAGUAUCAGAUAGCUUCCCUGGAAAUGAAAGGACCAAGUAUUGCCUCACAUCCAAGAUUCCAUUAGGAGUGAUUUUGGCCAUUCCACCUUUUAACUAUCCUGUCAACCUUGCUGUCUCAAAAAUUGCUCCUGCUCUUAUUGCUGGAAACUCCAUUGUGCUCAAGCCUCCAACUCAGGGAGCUGUUUCUGCUCUUCACAUGGUUCAUUGCUUUCACUUGGCUGGUUUUCCCAAAGGCCUAAUCAACUGUGUUACCGGCAAAGGCUCGGAGAUCGGUGACUUCCUUACAAUGCAUCCAGGUGUGAACUGCAUAAGCUUCACUGGUGGAGACACCGGCAUUGCAAUUUCAAAGAAGGCAGGGAUGAUUCCUCUGCAAAUGGAGUUGGGAGGAAAAGAUGCAUGCAUUGUACUUGAGGAUGCUGAUCUUGAUUUGGUAGCUGGAAACAUUAUUAAAGGAGGUUUUUCAUACAGUGGACAGAGGUGCACUGCUGUAAAGGUAGUCCUGGUAAUGGAAUCAGUGGCAGAUGCAUUGGUAGAGAAAGUGAAAGCUAAGGUGGCAAAACUAAGUGUUGGAGCACCUGAGAAUGACUGUGAUAUUACUCCAGUUGUGUCGGAAUCGUCGGCGAAUUUCAUCGAAGGACUAGUGAUGGAUGCAAAGGAGAAAGGAGCAACAUUCUGCCAAGAAUACAAAAGAGAAGGGAAUCUGAUUUGGCCUUUGCUACUUGACAAUGUUAGGCCUGAUAUGAGAAUUGCAUGGGAGGAGCCAUUUGGUCCUGUUUUGCCUCUCAUUAGGAUCAAUUCCAUUGAAGAAGGAAUCCAUCACUGCAAUGCCAGCAACUUUGGACUUCAGGGAUGUGUCUUCACAAAAGAUAUCAACAAAGCAAUAAUGAUCGGUGAUGCAAUGGAAACUGGAACAGUUCAAAUCAAUUCUGCUCCGGCUCGAGGACCCGAUCAUUUUCCUUUCCAGGGUAUAAAGGACAGUGGAAUUGGAUCACAAGGAAUUACCAACAGUAUAAACAUGAUGACUAAGAUCAAAACGACUGUCAUAAACUUACCAAGCCCUUCUUAUACCAUGGGCUAGAAUUAGUAUAGUUAAGUUACACAUAUAUGCAUGGCAUGGCAAAAACCAUUUACUGUGAUGGUAAUUAAUAUUACAAUGCAAACAGCAUGCAUUUGUUCACCAUUGCAUUUUCUUUAGCAGCAGCUGGAAUUAUUGAAACCAGAUAGAUAAUAACGACCACUGCGUCACUUGUGUCUACUAUUAUUGUACUAUUAUUAUUUAGAAUCCAUGGUAACAUUUAUUUA